GAAUUUAUGUUAAUAGCUGUUUUGUGAGCUUCAGUCCCGGGCUGCUGCCUUUGACUUGUGCGAAGAAGCCAAUGCAGCCCCCGCCCUUGGCAUUCGUCUCCAUGCAGUAGCAGAAGAGCUGAGGCGCUAAUACUUCGAGACCUUCAGUUUUAUGCUUUCUUGACUUGCUAAACAGUAGCCCAAUUCUUCAGGACUUCCAGCAGUGUGAAAUGUAAUCAGAGUGUUAGUGCAUUUUGGUACCGGCAUGAUGACUACUGUAGAAGUUGUCAAGAAGAAGCAAAAUUAUACUAGUGUGCAUGAAGCAGUGAAAGCUGGGGAUGUAGAACAGCUUGCAUUGAUGAUAAAAAGUGGAGCCAGUAUUAAUGAGGUGGAUGUAGUUCACAAAUUCACACCCUUGCAGUGUGCUGCGCACUCAGGAAGUCUGGAGUGCCUUCAGUGGUUGCUCUGGCAUGGAGCUGACACCACACGCGUGACUGUGAGAGGCUGGACAGCGGCUCACCUCGCUGCCAUCCGAGGCCAGGAUGCCUGCAUGCAGGCCUUGUUACUGAGCGGAGCGGACGCAGCAGCUCGGGACGAGCGCGGGUGCACGGCCUCGCACCUGGCUGCAGCCCACGGGCACUCGUACACCCUGCAGACCCUGCUGCGCGCCGGGGUGGAUGUAAAUGUUUCAGACAGGAAUGACUGGAAACCUGUUCAUUAUGCUGCUUUUCACAGUCGCUUGGGGUGUUUGCAGCUUCUUGUUCGAUGGGGAGCAUCUGUAGAUGAUGUGGAUAACAAUGGAAACCUUCCAGCACAUCUGGCAGCAGCGGAGGGACACUUGCAUUGCUUUAAGUUCUUGGUCGGGAAAAUGGCUGGAGUUACGCACACUCUGCAAGCCAAGAAUGACCAUGGAGAGACUCCAAGGGACUUGGCUGAACGGUUCUCUAAAGAUAAUAUUCUGCAGUAUAUCGAUGGCGUGGAAAAAGAGGAGGAACAUCCGGAGACACAGGAAGUUUUGGCUUUCCCAGCUCAUGAUGCUGCUUUCAAAGGGGACUUGUUAGUGGUUAGAAGACUAGUGAGAAGUGGAGUAAUCAAUAUUAAUGAGCGGGACGAUAAGGGAUCCACUCUCCUGCACAAAGCUGCUGAACAGGGGCAUAUCCAUUGCUUACAGUGGUUGGUUGAAAUGGGAGCUGACUGUGACAUUACAAAUGAUGCUGCAGAGACUCCAAAGGAUGUAGCCAAGAGAUUUAGCCAUCUGGCAGCUGUAGAACUUUUGACACCAAGAACUGGAAACAGUAACUCUAGUGAUGAAGAACUAGAUGCAAACAACAUCAAGUUUUUUGAAACACAUGGUGUGGAAGGGAGCACAGAUAGCAAAGAAGAUUUAACUCUGGAUAAAGCAGAGAAAAGGAAUGCACGCAUGAGGGCCUAUCACAAGAUUAAAGAACUUCAGCGACUUCUAGAAGUUGCCUACAGCAACUACAGACAGCUGGGGGGACUAACUGAAGAGGAGAGAAAGACCAAAAAAGAAGAAAGGAAAGUUGAGAAGGCUCUGAGGGAGCUGGAGGCCCAGCUGGAAUAUGAGCGAGUCAGGCGGGAGAAGCUGGAGAGCCAGCUGGAUGAUUACCGUGCUGAGAUAAAGCAGCUCCGAGAGGGCCGGGGGAAGACCCGCAGCGCCUCUGCCGCCUCCGCGGAAGCCGAGACAAUGGCAAAGUCUUGCAACGACAGCCUGCAGCCCAGGAGGAGCGAGACCACACUGAGGAACGAACCUCAAAAGAGGGGCAGCAGACUGGAGGUAUAAAAGCAAUGUUCCAGAAGAUGCAAAGCGUUUGCACAGCCCAGCUCCACAGGUGAGCUGUGGGUCUCUACCUUCCACUGAACUAUGUUCUUAGUUCUCUAGUUCUCUGGCCUAACAACAGGAGUCACAGGCCCUCAUAGUUCUGAGGAAGUAUCUCCAUCCACUGCUCUGCUUUGUACUACUACCGUAGGAUGGAAAAAAUGCACAUUACCUCCUAGCAUAUUCAGAGUGGAAGCUGAAUAGUGGAUGGGAGAAUUACUUCUCAGCUUCAGAGAGGUGCCAGGCCCCUUGAUUUUCAUCUUUAGUCAUUCCCAAAGAAGGCAGAAAACGACUCCUUUGUGUGGUGCCAGAUGACCUGCAGCAGUUGGUCUCUGAGUCUAACUCAGGGCUGAAGGGUUUACUAAGGUUAUGGGGCAGCUUGUGGUUAGAAAUGGCAACCCCGGCCUCUCCUCCACACCGAAAAAUAACUACACAUAUGAAAGUUUUUCUGUCAGCUGUGUGUUAUUGUGAAAUUAUUUUCCCUCUGGAACCCUCAUUUUGAAACUUAAAAGAUAAUUAUUUUAGUGCAUCAGUCCUGAUGUGUCCUCUCCUUAGUACCAAAGAAAACUUAAUCUCUGAGAAUUUCAAAGAUACUGAAAAAUAAAAUGCUAUGGUUUUGUGUGCACUGUGUAGGAGAGGGACGCUGAUUUAACAGCAUAAGCCUUGCAUCAAGAGACUAGUUCAGGGUGUGUGAAAUGAUGGUGCUGAGAAGCUGCACCAGAUGAGCUACUUCCUGCAUCACUAUUGGUGCUAAACUUUCACAGAGAAACUCUCAGACAGCAAGACAGCAAAUGUAAGAAAUUAAUUUUAUUUUCUUGAAUGAAGAUGAUAAAUAAU